AUGAGAAAUUGGCUUCAUUGGCUUAGUGCAGUGAAGUCAGAAAAAUUUUUUGAAAUUCACUUGGAAACAAUAAUAGACAUUUGCCAUUCGUUUGAGAAGAAGGAUUUGGCCUCGAGGUACGAGUGCAAGAACUUGUGCCAGAGGUCCUGGUUAGAUAUAGAAAAUAUCAAAAUGAAUCAAAAUUUAAUACGUGCUAAUCACAUGGAUUAG